AGGCAUGGGUCAAUUCAGAAAUAUGCAAAUAAACAUCCAACACAGAAACCAAACCCUAAUUCCCCAUUUCCUGUAUUCUUCUUUAUUCUUUUAGGCGAAUUUCAAUUGCGUCCAAGCAAAGCACCUCCACGGCUCCACCCCCAAAAUUUCGUGGAUUUAUUCUUCGAUUUACCUUUCGGUGAAAUUCGCAAUUGGAUCUGCUCCAUUUGAUUAUAAACAAAGUCAUGAUUUUGAGUCAAACAAUGGUUGCUGAGGCUGAGAUCAGGGUUCUUGACGUUAAGUGCCAUAUCUCCGCUGCUAAAGAUCAGAAGAAUUUUCAGAUCGACGAAGUUCGUGUUUCUGAGUCUGUCCGUGCUGAGAUUUCGGGUUCCGCUGAAACGCCUCGAUUCGGAUCGGGCAUGAGUUGUGUAACUACUACCAUUGGAGAAUCAACCAGUGAGUUUAUUCCAACUAUACGUUCAGGGAGCUUUGCUGACAUUCGAAGCCGAGAAACCAUGGAGGAUGAACACAUUUGCAUAGAUGACUUGUCAGCUCAUCUUGGGUCCUUUAACUUCUCGGUACCAAGUGCUUUUUAUGGCGUGUUUGAUGGACAUGGUGGACCUGAGGCAGCAAUUUUCAUGAAGGAAAACUUGACAAGAUUGUUUUUUCAAGAUGCUGUAUUUCCAGAGAUGCCCUCCAUUGUGGACGCGUUUUUCUUAGAAGAACUGGAGAAUUCUCACCGAAAGGCUUUUGCUUUGGCUGAUCUUGCCAUGGCUGAUGAAAACAUUGUCAGUGGAUCAUGCGGGACAACCGCGUUGACCGCUCUGAUAAUUGGACGACAUCUUCUGGUUGCUAAUGCUGGAGAUUGCCGUGCAGUGCUAUGUAGGAGAGGAGUGGCUGUUGAUAUGUCUUUCGAUCACAGAUCAACAUAUGAGCCAGAACGAAGGCGGAUUGAGGAUUUAGGAGGAUACUUUGAAGACGGAUACCUCAAUGGGGUCCUUGCUGUCACCCGUGCUAUUGGGGAUUGGGAACUGAAGAAUCCUUUCACUGAUUCUUCUUCACCACUGAUUUCUGACCCAGAGAUUCGACAGAUCAUUCUAACAGAGGACGACGAGUUCUUGAUUUUGGCAUGUGAUGGUAUAUGGGAUGUGUUGUCAAGCCAGAAUGCAGUGAGUAAUGUAAGGCAAGGUUUAAGGAGGCAUGGUGACCCGAGACAAUGUGCGAUGGAACUUGGAAAAGAAGCAGCUAGGCUUAACUCAUCAGAUAAUAUGACGGUUGUAGUCAUCUGCUUCUCCUCAGUCCCGUCUUCACCUAAACAACCGCAGAGGAGAAGAUUAAGAUUCUGUGUUUCUGAUGAAGCCCGAGCUCGGUUACAAGCAAUGCUUGGAGGCGAGUGAAAGCAGUUUUUUUGGCGGUAUAUACAAACAACAGGGAUCGGGUGUUACCGAUCAAACAAUUAUUUCUCUAAUUUGAGAUUCUAUUGGAUGAUGAGAUAAAAUAAGAGACUUAGAGAGAGUGGUAGAGAGUUAAGGGCAUGUUUGUAAUGUGGUUACUCAUUUUUGAUUGAUCUGUUUUUUUGGUUGUUUUAGAGAGAGAGAGCUAGAGAGAAAAAGCAGCCUGAAGUUUUGGUAGGAUUAUUGAAACUGAUAAUGAGGAUUUCAUUUUUGUUCUUGAGGAUUAGUUAUGUUGUACCCAUUAUUGAUUGGUUUAAGGAUUUUUAAUUUAACUA